AUGGGUACAGUGAAGGACCCGAAGGGAGAUAAGAAGGCCAAGAAAGUCACAAAACUGAAGAAGCUGAGUGAUGGUGACAGUGCAGCUGCUGGAGAUUUUGUCAAGAGCAGUCGGCCCGUGAAGGAAGAACCACAGGACGACGACUUUGCCGAGGAGAAGAAGUUGAAAAGGAAGCGAGUUAAAGAGGAGCCCCUGGAAGGGACUUCACAAUCCAACGACUCACCUCCUUCAAAGAAAACGAAGAAGAAACGUCCCCACAGUGAAGAAGGUGACAAGAAGCCUGAGAAAAAGAAGUUAAAGAGAACAGAUAAGACGGUCAAGAAGGAAGAAGAGGAGCAUCCGGUGGCAAAAAAACCCAAGAAGACGAAGGCAGAGAUUGCUGAAGCGAAACUUUUGAAGAUCAAACAGAAGGAGGAAGAGGAGCAGAGCCGCUGGAGAUGGUGGGAGGAGGAGAAGUAUGAAGAUGGGGUGAAAUGGAAGUUCUUGGAACAUAAUGGACCCUACUUUCCUCCUGAGUACCAGCCGCUCCCCGACGACGUUCACUUCUACUACAACGGUAAGGAGGUGAAGCUGAGCCCAGCAGCGGAGGAGGUGGCGGUGUUCUUCGCACAAAUGUUGGACCAUGAAUACACCACCAAGAAAGUGUUCCGGGACAAUUUCUUCAAGGACUGGAGGGAGGAGAUGACUCAUGAAGAAAGGUUGCUGAUUAAAGAUCUUGGUAAGUGUGACUUUGGAGAGUUGCAUGCCAUGCAUAAAGCCAAGGUGGAGGCCAGGAAAAACAUGACCAAGGAGGAGAAACAGGCGCUGAAAGAGGCCAACCAGAAGAUCGUGGAUGAAUACGGAUACUGCCUGCUGGACCACCACCGAGAACGCAUCGGCAACUUCAAGAUCGAGCCGCCGGGGCUUUUCCGAGGUCGCGGCGAGCAUCCCAAACAGGGCAUGCUGAAGAAGAGGAUCCAGCCCGAGGACGUCAUCAUCAACUGCAGCAAGGAGUCCCGCAUCCCUGAACCGCCUGCUGGACAUCGGUGGAAGGAAGUUCGACAUGACAACUCUGUGACUUGGCUGGCCAGCUGGACAGAAAACAUUCAGGGCGCCAUUAAGUACAUCAUGCUCAACGCCAACUCCAAACUCAAGGGAGAGAAAGACUGGGAGAAAUAUGAGGUUGCUCGGAAACUGAAGUCGUGUGUGGACGACAUCCGGAACCAGUACAUGAAGGAUCUUCACUCGAGAGAGAUGGAGAAGCGACAGCGAGCGGUGGCCCUUUACUUUAUAGACAAGCUGGCGCUGAGAGCAGGUAACGAGAAGGAGGAGGGGGAGACGGCGGACACGGUGGGCUGCUGCUCGCUCCGCAUCGAGCACAUCACGCUGCACAAGCAACUCGACGACAAGGAGUUCGUGGUGGAAUUUGACUUCUUGGGCAAAGACUCCAUCCGCUACUACAACAAAGUCCCAGUAAUCAAGAAGGUUUUUAAAAAUCUCAAACUUUUCAUGGAGAAUAAAGAAACCGGAGAUGAACUCUUCGACCGGCUCAACACCGGCCGUCUGAACAAACACCUGAGUUCUCUGAUGCCUGGUCUGACUGCAAAGGUCUUCAGGACGUAUAACGCCUCCAUCACCCUGCAGCAGCAGCUCCGAGAGCUCACCAACAAGUCCGAUAACGAGGCAGAGAAGCUGCUGUCCUACAACAGGGCCAACAGAGCCGUUGCUGUUCUCUGUAACCACCAGCGGGCGCCGCCAAAGACCUUUGAACAGUCCAUGGCGAACCUUCAGGCCAAGAUCGACGCUCGGAAGGAUCAGCUCUCCGCUGCCAAGGAGGAGCUGAAGGAGGCCAAGAAGGAGGCCAAGAGCAAAGGAGAGGCGGACGCAAAGCUGCAAGCCCUGGUGGAGCGGAAGCAGGCGGCUGUGGCUCGCUGCAAGGAGCAGCUGCUGAAGAUGGAGGUCCAGGCCACAGACCGAGAGGAGAACAAGCAGAUCGCUCUGGGAACCUCCAAACUCAACUACUUGGACCCGCGCAUCAGCGUGGCCUGGUGUAAGAACAUGGAGGUACCUGUGGAAAAAAUCUACAAUAAGACCCAGCGGGAUAAGUUCGCCUGGGCCAUCGACAUGACCGAGGCAGACUUUGAGUUCUAACUCCACAUUUCAAAAC